AGAAUACCUGUCUGGUGCUCUGCCUUUCCUCAAGACUACCUCAUACUUGCUCUGGCUUGGACACUUCUGCGUGAUAAGCUGACUACACAGACUCUGCCUUCUCCAUGUUCCCGUAGCCAGAGACAUGACCUGACACCCUGAUGACUGCUGUCAGGGCCCUUGGGUGACUGGCUGGUGCAACAUGGAACUUAAAGUAUGGGUGGACGGAGUUCAGAGGAUUGUUUGUGGGGUCACUGAAGUCACAACAUGCCAGGAGGUUGUAAUAGCCUUAGCUCAAGCCAUAGGUCGAACUGGAAGGUACACCCUUAUAGAAAAAUGGAGAGAUACUGAAAGACACUUAGCACCUCAUGAAAAUCCUAUCAUAUCCUUAAACAAAUGGGGGCAGUAUGCGAGUGAUGUACAGCUAAUUCUACGUCGAACGGGGCCAUCUCUCAGUGAGCGACCCACUUCGGAUAGCGUGGCUCGAAUUCCUGAAAGAACUUUAUACAGACAGAGUUUGCCUCCCUUAGCUAAACUGAGGCCUCAGAUUGACAAAUCCAUCAAAAGGAGAGAACCUAAAAGGAAAUCAUUAACAUUUACAGGAGGUGCCAAAGGAUUAAUGGACAUUUUUGGAAAAGGUAAAGAAACUGAAUUUAAGCAAAAGGUGCUGAGUAACUGCAAAACAACAGCAGAUGAGUUGAAGAAGCUGAUCCGUUUGCAGACAGAGAAGCUUCAAUCCAUUGAGAAACAGCUGGAAUCUAAUGACAUAGAAAUACGAUUUUGGGAACAAAAAUAUAAUUCUAACCUUGAGGAGGAAAUUGUUCGCCUGGAGCAAAAGAUCAAAAGAAAUGAUGUAGAAAUUGAGGAGGAAGAAUUUUGGGAAAAUGAAUUACAGAUUGAACAGGAAAAUGAAAAACAGCUGAAGGAUCAACUUCAAGAAAUAAGACAGAAAAUAACAGAAUGUGAAAGCAAAUUAAAGGACUAUUUGGCACAGAUCCAGACUAUGGAAAGCGGUCUUGAAGCAGAAAAAUUACAACGGGAAGUUCAGGAGGCACAGGUCAAUGAGGAAGAGGUCAAAGGAAAGAUCGGUAAGGUUAAAGGGGAAAUCGACAUUCAAGGCCAGCAGAGUUUGAGACUGGAAAAUGGCAUCAAAGCUGUGGAAAGAUCUCUUGGACAAGCCACCAAACGAUUACAGGACAAAGAACAAGAACUGGAGCAGUUGACUAAAGAGCUGCGGCAAGUCAAUCUCCAGCAAUUUAUCCAGCAGACAGGGACAAAAGUUACCGUCUUGCCAGCUGAGCCCAUUGAAAUAGAGGCCUCACAUGCAGACAUAGAAAAGGAGGCACCAUUCCAGUCUGGGUCCCUGAAGCGACCAGGUUCAUCUCGGCAGCUCCCCAGUAAUCUUCGUAUUCUACAAAAUCCUAUCUCAUCUGGUUUUAAUCCUGAAGGCAUAUAUGUAUAACAUUAUCUGUCUUUAGGGGAGAGACCCAAUAAAGGUACCAAGGACAGUAAAAUUCCUUCUGUGAUUUGUGCCAAUGAUGAGCAGAGGAUAUGUUUCAUAAACCACCGUAUCUUUUUUCCUCUCCUAAAUUUCAUACCACUUGGAGCCAUACCCUGUGCACUGAUGCUAAAGAACAAAGAAGCUGUGUUUUCACACAUCCACAGUGUUGACAUUUUUGUCCAGCAGCUGUAAUGCAAAGCCUUCGUUUUUAUUUGUAGCAUUUUGAGAGCAUUAGGGAAGUAUUAUACUGUGUGUAUACAUAAAUAGACCGUGACUUACAGUGAAGAGAUACUGUGACUGGCUUAGUUUAAUUUAUUCCAUGUAACUGAUUAAUGUGUGAAUGUUGAUGUUUUUAUAUUCUUUAUUACUACUUGUCCUGUGACUUAAUUACGUUACAUAUUGUGUGACUAUGACUUUGUGUGCAUAGUGCCAGACUCUAUCCAUGCAUUGCUCAGUGACAACUCCUCAAGUGUCAUAGGGUGCUCCACCAUUGAAAUUCACUCCAGAAGAACCCACUUGCAUUUAUUUUGUGAACCUGUCCUAGCCAUUGCUUAAAGUAGGUGAAAUAAUUCAGGGGUUUUUUAAGUCCAGAAUUUAAUCUUCCCUUUACAAUUUUUCCAAAUAUAUGAACAACCACAUAACAUAGCAGAUAUUUUUCAUGAGGUCAAUUGCACAUGUAAAAGGUUUGCAGUGUUCAGAUACUAUUGAAGAAAAAUGUAGUUGUUGAAUAUCUAUCCAAACAGGCAUGGGGGUUCCUGAUACAUUGUUUUGUUUCUGCUCUGCCUUAUUUACUAUCAUGGAUCCUCAGAAUUGACAUAAUAUGUAAGUUUUAGAUACCUGAGGACUGUGUUGGUCUACUUCAGGAAUGUUGCUGUAAGUGAUAUAUUUUUUACAAAGCCACUUCAUUAUGUAUGGUCUAUUGAUGUACACACCCAUGGGUAAGUUAUUGCUUGCACAUAGUUUCCUCUGUACAUUAUGGGCUAUUGUGAUUUCUUCAGUCACUUAGUGGAAAAGUAGAUUGGAGUUAGGUACUUUUUACCAAGGAAAUAAAGUCAAAUUCAGUAUAUUUUUUCGUUUUUAAGCUUGACUUUUCAGGACAUUAAUCUCCAUUUGUACAUAUAUAGUUUUAUUUAUAAACCAAAAAUGAGCCAACACCUCUCACAUGAGUAGUGACUUAAUUAAGAUUCACAAUUAAUAUUUAGACAUGUGGUCAGACACCUCUUAGCCAUUUUUACAUUCCCUCUGAUCAAAUGUGGUACAAUAUAAUUAAGACUUUAAUCUGAUAUUUAAAGUAGUUUUUACUUCUGAGGAAAAUACACUCUGUAUUAUUUACAUGCAACAAAAUAAGUGGAUUAAUAUAGUAAUGACAUGGCAACGAUAAAAAGAUGUCUUAUGCAUGAAGGCAAGUUUGGAUGUUUUAGCGCAUUUAAAUUAUUUUUGGUUUAAUGAAUGCUGAGAAUGCUGCUUUAUUUAGGUUUACUAUGAAAAAUUUUACGAAUGGCCAUGAAAAUAUAUAGAAGCUUCUAGAAAAUCGAAAGUAAUAAUGUAGAGUUGCCUUUUCUAAUCCAGCUAAAUGGCAGAGCUCAUCUGAAGAUACUAUUUUCUUUGGGUUCUUGGAGUUAUUAAGUUGAUCUUGCCAUUAUAACUACUUUGCAAAUAACUUGAGAAGUAAAUGAUUCUUACCUAAAUAACUACAACCUAUAUACAUUUGCUCUCAACUUAUAGUACUUGUUUCAUAUCUAUAUAUACUUAAAAAUUAGGGUAAUUAAAAAUCAAAAUAAUUUUUAAGUUUUGUGACAAUAAUGAUUUAUGUAUGCCCAAUAUCUGCCUUACUUUUAAAGAGUCCCAUCCUAUUCUGAGUCAUUUUGUUGUUGUUCAGAGAAAUUGAGACCUUAUUCACAAAGAAAAACCUUUUAUACAUAGAUCACAUUCUAUUUAAAUCAAAACAUUAAACUAUAGAUAUAUUAAAUUUUGCAAUUAGAAAUUGUGAAGAUAUGUUGGUGUACCACGAGAAAUGCACAGUCAAUAUUCAACUUAAUUACUGUAAAUUAUUACCAUAAUUAAUCUAGUAACUUUAAAGAAAGACAAUGUCCUUCCAACCUGUAGUAGUCCUGGGUUCCCCAGCAUAGUAUCAUAGUUAACCUCUCUGACAACUUCAUUAGAAUUUUUAAGCUGCGAAAUAAUCUUCAUGGACCUAAUUACAGAUAGAAAUGCUAUUUCCAAGAUGAGGAGAGUAUAUAAACAUGCAUUUGAUGAAUACAUUGAGCAGCUGUACUUUUUAAUCAGUUAUAUUACUUCUGGAAGCACAUAUCUAAGGAAUAUUUUAUGUCUUUUUAAAAAAGUAUUAAAGGGGAAAAAACUCGUUUCUAUAGGAACAUCUUAAAAUAUUUUAGUCUGUUCAUGAUCAUUUUUAUCUAUUGCAAAUACAGAUGAGUUAGAUUAAGUGCCACAUCUUUGGAUACAUUUUGGAGGGGGGAGAGGACCAUGGUAUAAAAAAUACCAAAUAUAAAAUUUUGCACCGGGGGGAAUAUUCAGGUUCUAAAUACUAAAUUAGAUUACAAGUUUGUAUGUUUUUUAAAAAUCAUACUGCAAGUUGUUUUGUGAUUUUUCUACAACUGUUAAAUACAUUAAAAGAUUUUUUUUGUUACCAAGAAAUAAUUUGAAAUAGCAUUGGUAUAUUUGACCUUUUGAGUAUCUCUCAUCCUCAGAGAAUGAUCCGUAGUGGGUUGCCUCAGUCCUUUUGUUGUCUUUAUGAAAUAUUUUGGUUUGUUAGCAUUUGUUUUUUGUCUUGAUGCACAGGGAAUUUUUUAUAUGUGAGACUUCAGUUGGUAUUAACAGGAGUUACCUAUUUAAUUCCCUCAGUCAUCAAUGAGCUAGUCAUCAAUUCCUGUUGAGUUGAAAUUAGUCAUAAACAAGAGCUAAAACAAGACUGACAGAGUAAAAAUAUAUAUAUAAAACAGUAAAAGAAUAUAAUAGCAUUUGUAGUGUGAGAUGUGAAGUAUAGCCUUGUGUAAAAAGAACAUAUAAACCACUUGCUUCCACAGCAUAAAUAAAAUGUACACCUGCAUUAAAAGACAAUUUUCUUUGUGAAUAAGAGCAAAACAGUCUUUUGAGAAAAGAACUCUUCAUUUAAAGCCAUUUCUGUGAACUUCUUUCCAAAUCAGAACUGUAAUGGAUUGAAGAAAUAAUAUGGAAAAAUAAUACGGAAAAGGCAAAAGGCUCUUAAUUUCAGGUGUGCAAAGGGCAUGGGCAAAUGGGCAGUUCCUGUUGUGCAUUGCCUUUGAAAAAUUGGGCCUUAAUUUAUAUGUAGAUAACAACGUGUUCACGUCCCUCUUCUACCUACAGUUGUCUUUAUUAGUCUGUAUUGAAUGAAAAUUUAGCUCAUAAGUAUUACUUUUAUAUUAUGUUCAUUUUUUUAAGUUGCAUGUUUAUACUAUUUGCUACAGUAUUUUUAAAUUUUGGUUGAAGGCCAUCAGCUGUAUCAAAGAGACAAAACAAUCACUAUUUAUUCAGUAUUGCUGCUUUGCAUUUCCAGAAUAAGCUUUCGAUGCCAGGACAGUGACUGCUUGAAAGCUGCAGGAGUUCUUUCCAAUGCAUUUUAUAUAUUUUUAGAAACCAAAUAAAUGCAGAAAACUAUUUAGUAUACUAAUUAUAAUAAACCAGCAGAAAUAUAAAGGCAAUAAAGUAUAUACAUAUAUAUAUGGGGGGAGGGGAAAGGUUAAAAAAUAGGUUUACAGCCAGACGUGGUAAUAGCCCUAAAUGUAUUUCUCAAUGUCUUUAUUGAACCUAGGAUUUGAGUUGUUGCAGUUUAAACAGAAAAUUGCCAUGUUCACCAAUUGUGGACAUAUAAAUAUGCUUUUAGUACUGCUUCGCUUAUGUAUAAAUUUAAAAAUCUGUAAUAUGUAUUAUAUGUAAUUAUUCUUUUCUUUUGGCUUUCAUUUUGAAAUGUAUAUUUUCUAUUAUUAUCAUAAGCUGUAAAACAAAGGAUCAAUAUCAGAUAUUCUCCCAGAUAAUAAAUUUUCAGGAUUCAUUGGGGCA